GCCCCGCGCGGCCAUGGAGCGCAGCCGCGAGCCCGGCGCCGACGCGGACGCGGACAGGGCGGCGAGCCACCGCUGCUGCAUCUGCGGCAAGGCCUUCCCGUUCCAGAGCUCGCUGUCGCAGCACAUGCGCAAGCACACGGGGGAGAAGCCCUACCAGUGCCCGUACUGCGACCACCGCGCGUCGCAGAAGGGCAACCUGAAGAUGCACAUCCGCAGCCACCGCACCGGCACGCUGGUGCAGGGCCCCGAGCCCGAGGCCGGCGAGCCGCGCGCGCCCCAGGGCCCGGCCGGCUGCGCCAGCCCCACGAGGAGCACCUCCGCCUGCAACCGCAUCCUGAACGGCGGCCGCAGGGACGCGGAGGGCGCCGCCGCCUGCUCCUUCUGCGAGCGCCGCUUCCCGCACCGCAAGGACCUGGAGCAGCACGUGCAGCGCGCGCACAAGCCCUUCCGCUGCCGCCUGUGCAGCUACGUGACGCUCCGGGAGGAGUCGCUGCUGAGCCACGUGGAGAAGGACCACAUCCGCGCGCAGCUGCCGCGCGGCGCCCACGCCGCCCCCGAGGCCGGCAAGCCCGAGCCGCCCGCCGGGGACUUCGCCUGCGAGGUGUGCGGCCAGGCCUUCAGCCAGACCUGGUUCCUGAAGGCCCACAUGAAGAAGCACCGGGGCUCCUUCGACCACGGCUGCCACAUCUGCGGCCGCAGGUUCAAGGAGCCCUGGUUCCUCAAGAACCACAUGAAGGCGCACGGCCCCCGGGCGGGGAGCAAGAACAGGCCCCGGAGCGAGGGCGACCCGGUCGCCACCAUCAACGACGUGGUGCAGGAGGAGGCGGUGGUGGCCGGCCUGUCCCUCUAUGAGGUCUGCGCCAAGUGCGGGAACCUGUUCACAGACCUGGACAGCCUGAACGCGCACAACGCCAUCCACCGCCGCGCGGAGGCCGCCGAGGGCGCCGCCGCGGGGCAGGGCGGCCCCCCGGACCCGCAGCGGCUCUUCCUCCGGUGCCUGAACCUGCGGCCCGCGGUGGCCGGGGCGCCCGCCCGCGGGCCGGCGGGGCGGCGCGUGGCCGAGCUGGACCCGGUCAGCAGCUACCAGGCGUGGCAGCUGGCCACGCGCGGCAAGGUGGCCGAGCCGGCCGAGUGCCUCAAGUACGGCGCGUGGGACGAGGCGCCGGCCGGGGACGUGGCCUUCGACCGGGAGCGGCGCGAGUACGUGCUGGUGAGCCCGGACAAGCGCAGGCGCGAGCCGGACGCGGGCGCGCAGGGGCCGCCGCGCAAGCGGGCGGGCGCGCCCGGGGACCCCGCGCCCGGGCCCCCGGACCCCCGGCCGGCCGCGCGCCCCAGCCGCCGCGCCGCCGUCCCCGCCGGCCAGGGCAAGUCGUCCGAGUGCUUCGAGUGCGGCAAGAUCUUCCGCACGUACCACCAGAUGGUGCUGCACUCCCGCGUGCACCGCCGCGCGCGCAGGGACCGCGACGCCGCCGGGGACCGCGCGCCGCGGGCGCGCUGCGGCUCGCUCAGCGAGGGCGACUCGGCCUCGCAGCCCAGCAGCCCGGGCUCGGCCUGCGGCGCCGCCGCCGACUCCCCGGGUUCCGGCCUGGCCGACGAGGCUGCGGAGGAGAGCGGAGAGGAGGGUGCGGUCGACCCGGCACCAGGGGGAAAGCCUCACCGCUGCUGCUUUUCCGAAGAGGCGGCUUCGACCGUGCUCUCCAACGGAGAUCAGAGUCACGCCCCCGGGAACAAGGCGUCCGAGUCCCACGCCGGUGAGCCCAGAGUGGGGAGCACAGCGGCUGUGUCCGCACUCGAGAGCAGGAGCAGAGAUGCGUGCAAGAGAGCAGAGCAGCCGAGGUUUUCCGUGGACUUGAAGAUGCCAGCGUUUCACCCAAAGCAGGAGGUCCCCGCCCCCAGGGACACCACAGACUUCCCCUCGCUUUCGGAUCAGACCUUUCCAGAAGGAGAUGUGCAGCUCCCGUCUGAGAGCCCGGCUCACCACCUGAAAGAGAAGCCGUCUGACUUGCAUCCUAAGGAGCACCCCGGGGGUGGACGGAGGGUGCCGGCCGCGGACCUGACCCCGCUGGACCUCAGCCACAGGUCGACGCGGGCCGGCCCCGGCCGUAGGGAGCUGGCCUCUUCUCUGCAGGCCGCGCUGGCCGUGCACCUGUGUCCGUACUGCAGCCACAGGACCUACUACCCCGAGGUCCUCUGGAUGCACAAGCGCAUCUGGCACAAGGUCAGCUGCAACUCCGUGGCCCCCCAGUGGAUUCCGCCCAAUGGCUACAGAAGCAUCAGGAACAACUUGGUUUUCCUGGCCCGGAGUGGGCGCACGGGGCCCCCGCCGGCCCUUGGGGGCAAGGAGUGCCAGCCCCUGCCCAUCGCUCGGUUCACGCGCACUCAGGUACCUGGAGGGGCGCCGGGGCCCAGAGGCAGCUCCUCACCCCUGGGCGUGACCGCGAAAGCCGCUCACGUGCCGAAGAGCAAGGAGGGCCCCACUGGGGGCCCCUGUGCGCUCUGGGUGGCUGGCCCCGAGGGGCCCCGGCAGGCCAGGCCUGGCCACCAUGGCCCCGAGCAGCACGGCGCCCCCACGCAGCCGCCCCCGCCCAGGCCCAGGCAGGAGGCCGGCCCGAGGCCGGGGCCAGUGUCUGGCAGCGGCAGUGGCUUCAGCCGAAGCACCACCCCCACGUCCUCCGUCAUCGCCCGGGCAGGCGCCCAGCCCCCCGCCGGCAGCAGGCCAGGGGACAAGUGCGGCUUCUCUCCUGCGGGGGCUGGUCUUGGCCCCCCGAAUAAGCACAGUACCCCGGACCCCCCGAAAGCCAAAUUCAGUCCUCAGCCUCAGGGCCAGCUGCACGCGAAAGGCGACGGGGCCCCCGCUCUACCUCCCCGCGAGCCCCCCUCCAAGGCUGGCCAGGAGCUGCGGCCGCCGGCCAGCUGUGGAGCGGGCCCCAGGGGGACCGCGGCCUCGCCGGGCCAGCCCCCGCUGCACACCGGCAAGCAGGAGCCCGCGUCCGAUGGCCAUGAGAAGCGCCUGGACAUCCUCAGUAUCUUUAAGACGUACAUUCCAAAGGACUUCGCUUCUCUCUACCAGAGCUGGGGUGCCAGCGGCCCUGCCCUGGAGCACAGAGGGGAGAGGCCGUUCUAACCCGGAUACCGUCCAGACAGUGCCUCUCGGAAAGGGAACCUAAGGACACGUCUCCGGCGUGCCCCGCUGCCCCGCGACCGCGCGAGCCGUGCCCCCGCGGGGACCGACAGCGACCCCGACCACCCGCGGCCGGACGCCGCACACCCCCAGCGGCCGCGCUGCCCGGAAGCCGACGGCGAUGCCUGUGCCUGAACGGCCUCUGACAAGAACUGCCGGCCGGCCGCGGAGUAGGCGCGCCUGCUCUCUGCGCACGCGCAGGCCCGCGCGGCCUCGCAGACGGCGGCGUUGGGGGGCCUCGGGCGUCCGCGGCGUCCCGGACGCGUCGGACACACUGGAGAGGGGCUCGUGUGCGCGUGGCACACACCGGAGAGGCCGGAGCUCGGGACGACUGGCUGGAGACGCGCGCCGGCGGAGCCCGGCCUCGUCCGGCGGGCGGGGGGAAGGGGGGUGUCAGGGAGGCCGCGGAGGAGAGGCCGCAGGUGGCGCCCCGGGACGCGGGCUCGGCGCAGCGGGGCCGUGACGAGGGCCCGACCGUCCGGGGGCCGUGGGGGGCCGUGCGCGUCACCCGUUGGCUCCCCCCCCGCCCCGUCUUCGAGCUCGGCGCGCUCCGGAGCAGACGCGUGUGUGCAGUCCGUACGUUCCGCUUCGGAGGAGAGCUGGCGGGACGCCCCGAAGACCGGGCGUCUGUGUUUAUUCUCAGGACCUUUUUGUAACAGGGCUACACUCUGUAAACUGCUCGUGAAGGAGCGGUCUUCACAGGUUCCCCGGCCACUGAACCCUCCUGGUCUGCACCCGUGUUAGUGAUGGCGGGGGAAGCCCUGAGCGGAUUUGGGGGCCCUGGUGCUCUCGAACCUUCUUUCCCCCCUCCCCUUCCCAUCGGUCCCUACACCAGCCCAGCAAGUAGGUGUCUUUUCUUCUUGGGCCCGGGGCCUCCUCAGGAUGAAUUCCUCCAUUCCCAGAACGGGGAGGGCCCCAGGCCCGUGGGCGGGGGCGGCUCUAUAUACCUCUUCCUCAGUCCCGCAAAUGCAAGUUCUUGUGGUGGGGGGUUAAGGCCCGUGACAAAGGAUCUUAAGCCGUGCAGUGUACGCAGUUGAAAUUGUAUUCCACAGAUAUAGAUGUUUUCUUUUCCUAUUACUGUGACACUGUGUGUGAUAGUAAUAUUUCUGAGAGUUUCAGAUUUUUGCACAUAUGAUUUUAUGCAUUAUCAAAAGUUACUGCUGCCUUGAAUGAAAACGUUCUGUGAAAUUUUUUGCAAAAGCUUUACUAGGUUUUUUUUAAUUGUGAAAUUUUGUAAAGGCAGGAAAUGGAUUAAAACAAGCAUGCUAAAUAUAUUUUUCAAAAAAGCAAUAAUUUUACAUGUACAGAAAUUAUCCUAACCUUUAAUACCGGUGAGAGCGACAGUUUACCUAAUGCAGUAAUGGAUUAGUGCAGUUUUUGUAGAAAACGGGCUUCUGAUACAAAGAUUUGUCGAAAUGCGUGCGCGCGCACACCAACCCUGGAGUGUGAUUUUCCUGUUCUAAUGAUUUUUGUUGAAUUAUUAUAUUAUUAUUAUUAUUGUUGUUGAUGUUAUUAGUUGGUGUUUGGUUCGGGAUUCUACUUGUUACUGAGUUUCAAUUACUUGACGGUUCAGGUUACUUCUGACACUCGCAGAUAAUGGAACGUAACUGGCUAGCUUACAUAUACACGUGUGCAUACGCACAUGCGUGUGUUUACAUGUGCACACGUAUCUGUGUGUGUAUGUAACUUUCUUACUUACUUUCUCCUGAUAAUUCCUGCACCAGAUGCAAACCAGAAUGAUCUGUUGUGUUGGCCUAAUCAGGAGCGUCCACACAGAUACCGUUAAGCAGCUGUAGGCGACUCUUCUGUAAAGUUGUUUUGAGCAAACUUACAGAGACACAUUCCUCUGUUCCCCUUAGGAGUCACAAUGCCUUUUUGUUGACUUACGUUGGAUCAUUCUGAUCGCCUCCCCAAAGUGAUCGCUUCUGCAUUUCGUUUCCCCGGGCGAAAGCAAACAGUGACCGUUCAGGGGUGCGCAGGGGCUGGCGACUGGGUCCUGUCUGUUUCUCCGUGUUCUAGUUAUUAAAGCAGUCCUGUACCCAAAGUGACACGGACGUGUUCUGUCCAUUCUUAACUGUUCCAGAAGCGGCACGCCGGAGCCCAGCGGGCGCUCGGCCCUGGAGGGAUCUUCCCGGGAGGCCCUGCUCCAGGGCGCCUGGUGGAGAGAGGGGCGCGUGCCUGGGGUCCCUUUGACGGAGCGCACACCAGGUCGGCUCAUGUAUCCGUGCGCUGCAUAGAGUAGGUUUCAGGUACCUGAACAGACGGAGAGGAGCCUCCAGGGAAGCCACCCUCCAAGAUGCACCGUCCUCGGGCCUGACUGUGGUUUCUUCCUUCCACUGGUCAUCAGUAUUGUAUCGGUCUGUUAACGUGUUUAUGUCAGUUUGACCAUAGUAUUUAAUAUGAUUUGUGUUUUCUUAUUUAUUUAGCCAGUGUGUUUGAUUCGCUUUUUUUUCGGAUGACGAUUUCCGCAUGAUCUCUCCUGUAAGUCACCUUCUGACUGUUACAGACUUCUACUACCUCUACCGAUCUGCUGUUCCCUCGUUUCUCAACAGGAUUUUUACAGUGUUGGCGUCUAAUGUAACUUAGACAAUAAAGGGUUUAGUUGUCUGCACCACAGCUUCUGGGUGUGUCUCCCCCGUCCCCGCCUGUGCUCUCGCUGCUCCCGGCGCGGCCCGCCGCCUGGCUCUCCUCCUCGCCCUCUCCUCCUCCCUGCUCAUGUCUCUUACUCGUUGUUCAACUCAAAUAACACGUAAAUAAUGAGCUUCUAGGAAUCUUUUCAGGUUAUUCACUCAUAUUCCUUAAUUUGAAGAAUGAACACUUGAGUUCUCGGAAAACUCGGCGGUAAGCCUCUUCUCUGGAAAGCGGUCCCCUCCUCUGCCGCUUCCCUGCCUCGUUCCGGAAGGUCUCCUGGCAUCUCAGACGGAUACAUUGCACCUGGGUCUAAACACAGUACAGAUUCUCAAGGCAGGUGGAUUUUGCCUCUUCAGUUUUGGAAAGUGCUAAGUGCUUUUAGAGGUCCCUCCAGUGUGGACUCAUUUAAUUUUUAAACCAAGAAGGACACUGGUUUCCUGACAAGAAGCAGCUCCAGGGAGUUGCUCAGGCUGAUCAUUGCACACGGCCACUGGGUCAGGUAGAGUGAUGCCAGUUUUUUUUUUGUUUUUUUUUUUUUUAAGGUCUUUAUUUUAUUUUGAGAGACAGAGACAGAGUGAG